AUGCCUUUGGCAAAAGAUUUGUUACAUCCAUCUCCAGAGAAGUAGAAGCACAAGUAGUGGUGUUUGGUGCAAAGCUGCUACAAAAUCACCACUAUUUUCAGCCGCACUCUGACUGUAGUGCUGUGUGUCAGAUACUCCACUAUAUUCUGCCUCCUCACAGGAAGAAAGGCAAGGCUAACAGAAGGCUGCUCUUUCCAAAGAAAGCAACAGUGA